AUGCUGAUAGAAAGAUUUAACCAAAUUCUCAAGGAAUUGCCCACUUUAGCGGCUCCAGGGGUUUCAGGUUCCCGUAUUAAAGAAUUGUCUACUAUUGCCAGUACGGACUUUGACAAGGAAAAAGAAAGUAAAAUAAUUGCUGCGCUUUAUUCUAGUUGUAAAUCGGCUGCUCCUUCACAUAAAUUAGGUACUUUAUACGUGGUUGAUUCAGUUACGAGGAAGUUGAAGGAUGGUGCUGUUGCCUCCAAUGAAACAAUUAACGCAUCUGCACCAGACGGAACUUUUGCGUCGGCAGUGUACAAAAUUGGUCAGUUAAUUGAAAGUUUGAUGGAUGAUGCUAUGGAGUAUCUAUUGGAUCCAGUAACUAUCAGUAAAAUUGGUAAAUUGGUGGAGAUUUGGGAUAAGAAUCAUACCUUUGAUUCGGAGAUUUUGAGAAAGAUCAAAGAUAAACACUUUAAGUCAACUACUCCUCCAGGAACCCCACCAAAGUCAAGUGUGGAACCGGUAAAACCCACCUCUGACGAGUCUAAAGAUUCCAAUAGUAUUUUACUGGCUUUGGCUUCUUUGGCAAAGGGUGAUGCUGACAACUCUGCUACCGAUUACACUUCUAAUUCUGCAGCUCCAGGAUCAGUUCCCGUAAACGGUGCCACUGACCCAACUGCUAGCUUGUUGGCCAACUUGGCUGCAGGUGCUGGAAGCCAGACACCACAUCAACAGCAACAACAGCCUAACGACCAGAAUGCUAUUUUCAACAUGUUGCAACAAUUACAAGGUGGAGCUGGUGGUGCGCAAUCUUCUCACUCAUCAAGUGGCACCCACUCCUCUGGUGGAAUUGAUGAAUACAGUUCAGGAAGACGUGGCGGUAGUCGUGAUCAAACCAAUAAUUACAAGAGGAGUAGAUCCAGGUCACCCACCAGACAAAUCAAAUCCCCUGUCGCUGCUCCUUCAGUCCUUGCGUUGCAACAGAAUAUUCAGAAUUUGAAACAACAAAAGGCGGCUGCUGCUGCCAACAGCAACAACAACAACCAAGGAUACCAAUCACCACCACAACAAUAUCAACAAAAUCAUCACCGUAAUGCCAAUUCUCAUCAGUUCAACAAGGAUCCUGCGUUUGUGCCUCCUUCGGCAAUGAAUGGUGAAAUGAAUCUUCCGGGAACUCCGCACUACCGUCCAAGGAAUCUCGGGUUUGAUCCGAGUGUGCCACAAGGAACCAUCAAAGUGUUGUCGAGAACUUUGUUUAUUGGUGGUGUUCCGAGAAAUAUGGAUGAGAGAGCAUUGGCACAAGUAUUGAGACCAUUUGCUGAAAUUCAAUCAGUCAUUUUGAACAGUGAAAGAAAACAUGCUUUCGUCAAGGUGUAUUCAAGAAGCGAAGCGGAAAAGAUUAUUACCUCUUUCAACAAAGAUAACUCAUUGCCCUUAAGAACUCGUUGGGGUGUUGGAUUUGGUCCCAGAGAGUGUUGCAAUUACCAACAUGGUAUCUCCAUUAUCCCUAUAGAAAGAUUGACUGAAGCUGAUAGGAAUUGGGUUGUCAAUGCACAAUGGGGAGGCACUGGUGGCCAACCAAUAUCGAGUGGUAUGGUAAUUGAUGAACCUGAUAUUGAAAUUGGUGCUGGUAUAUCUUCCAAAGCCAUGUCGAAAAAGAUGCCCACUAAUUCGGCAAGGAAUGGGCCAAAAUCAAAUAGGCCAGGUGAACCGGAUGAAGAGUUCGUGAAGACAACUUUACUCCCAAAUCAGCAAGUUCAAAUGAGUCAUGGGUCCCUGCCAGGAUUCAAUACUUUUCAACAAUCAUCAGUGAAUCCAUUGCAAGGAUUAUUUGGAAACAAUUCUCCCCAACAACAACAUCAGCAACCUACCUUCCCUCAAGCUCAACCAUUUCCAUCAUUUCCACCUCAAGGACAAGCACAGCAACCAGUUGGCAACAACUUCUCUUCGAUGUCACAAAUGUCUGGAAUGCAAGGCAUGCAGGGGAUGUCCAAUCCUGCUCAAUUUCCUCCAGGUGUAGCUGAGAUGUUUAUGCAAAUGAUGCAACAACAACAACAGCAGCAGCAGCAACCACCACAAUAA